GAAAAAAAGGGGGUUACAGAGGCUGACAAGAUGACAUGAAUCGCAAGGCCAGAUGAAUUUUUUCCCCCCAAUCUCAACUUCUUUCGCCUUUCCGAUCUAAGUGGCAUUUUUCAUUUCCAAUUUGUGGAUCACGUCAAUGAAACAUUUUGUUAGUUGCGUAUAGACUUCAUUGAUGCUCAAAAUCACAAUUUCUUCAAAGUAAACAGACAUCGAUACUUUUUGCAUUAUUAUUAUUGUUCUAAAACGGUGAACGAGAUGGAGGAUGAUCAUGUUGAAGAUACAGAGGUUGAAGUCCUCUCUUCAACGUGGCCUGAAGACAUUAAUGAAGCUGGAAAAAAGUUCAGUGUAGAAAAACCAGGACUCCAUGAAGAUAUGUUAGAGGAUGUUGCAUUCAUUGAAGAGCCUAGUAUAGUUGACUUCACAAGGUUAGUAGAACUCACAAGUUACAGUGAAAAGGGGUCCUCACAGUUAGCUUACCUGGUAAAAAACUGGGAAUAUAAACAAGAAAAUGCUGUGAGACUUUUGAGGGAAGAGCUUGAAAACUUGAGAAAACAACAACAUGAAGUUAAGCUUAAAAAUUUAGAUAUCUUUGAACAAAAUCGUUUUGAAGGUGAUAAACGUCCGGUUUCUGUGCUGGAUGAAGGUUAUGAAAAUUUUCAAGAUGUACCCGAGAAAAUAAAUGAUGUUAUUGCUGAAGAUAAACGGGUAGAAAUAGAUGCUGAAUAUGAUACAGUUAUAUAUUGGAAGCAAAAGGCAUUGCAUUUGGGAAAAUUGUUGGAAGAAAGUGUUGAGAGAGAACAUAUUCUUUUGGAGAAGUUGGAGGAAAGCAUUGAGAAUCUUGAAAAACAAUCAUCGCCUGUUGAAGAACUGUCCCAGAUCUUGAAAAGAGCUGAUAAUUUUUUACAUUUUGUUCUUCAAAAUGCACCCGUUGUUAUUGGCCAUCAGGACAAUGAGUUGCGAUAUCGCUUCAUUUAUAAUCAUUUUCCAAGUUUACAAGAAGAGGAUAUAAUCGGGAAAACAGAUGAGGAAAUAUUCAAAGGUGGUGGUGUAAAGGAAUCCCAAGACUUCAAAAGAGAAGUUCUUGAAAGAGGAUUACCAGCAAAAAGAGAAAUUACUUUUGAAAACGAAUUAUUUGGUGACAAAACAUUUUUAUUAUAUGUUGAACCUGUUUUCAGCAAAGAUGGAGAAACAAUUGGUGUUAAUCACAUGGGCAUGGACAUCACUGAUCAGGUUAGAAGGAGAGAAAAGAUGGCAAAACUCCGGGAAGAAAUAGCUGUGCAGAAGGCUAAAGAGGAAGAACUUAAUAAAACCAUUAAUAUUACAGAGGAAACUAUGAGAACGAAACAAAUGUUGGCAACCAUGUCACAUGAGAUAAGAUCUCCAUUAUCUGUGGUCAUUAGCAUGGCAGAGAUUUUAUCAACUACAAAACUCGAUAAGGAUCAAAAACAACUCUUGGGUGUUAUGUUAUCUUCUGCUGAUUUAGUUCUUCAACUUAUAAAUGACAUUCUUGAUCAUUCCAAAGGCGAGUCAGGAGUUAUGAAGCUGGAAACUACAAAAUUCAGGCCUAGAGAAGUAAUCAAUGAUGUUCUUCAAACUGCUACUGCAUCAUUGAAAAAGAAGCUGAUUUUGGAAGGACACGUAGCAGAUGAUGUCCCAUUGGAGAUUAUUGGUGAUGUUCUAUGGAUUCGACAGAUUCUCACCAACUUGAUCAGCAAUGCUAUUAAGUUUACUCACCAAGGGAAGGUCGAGAUAAAUCUAUAUGUAAUAUCAGAUCCAUAUCCUCAACAUGAACCGAAGAAGAUAAACACAGAUGACUCAUCGAUCUCAGCAAAAAACAAUGGGCAUGAGGAGAAUGAACCUGACUCGCAUGAAACGGUAGUCUGGAUACGCUGUGAUGUUAAAGAUACAGGAAUCGGAAUACCAGAAACUGUAUUGCCGAAUUUAUUCAAAAAAUACACGCAAGCCAGUGCAAAUACAGCUAGGAAAUACGAUGGGACUGGAUUAGGUUUAGCGAUCUGCAAACAAUUGGUUGAGCUGAUGGGAGGUCAUCUGACUGUAUCGAGUAAAGAACAUUGUGGAUCUACAUUUACUUUCGAUUUACCUCAUAAAGUUUCACAUCCGUGGUUCAGAUGAUAUGGCCGAUAACGACGAGUCUGAAGAUGACGAUAUCACUUGUGAUGUCGGAGCAGAGAAGUCGAGAAACUAGAGCUCUUUGGUAACUGUUAAAUAUAGGUCGACUUUAACGAAAAUUACGAAGGUUUGUUUCUAACUAGGGGUAUUCCGCGUUUAGUUCUACUUUAAUAAAUUUGUUAUUUGUUUACGUGUAGUGAAACUGAAAGCAGUAAGACAAACUUAUGAAAAUAAGUUGCUGUUCCUUACAUUUAAUCAAUCAUAAUAUGAAAGUUGUUAUUUGUUUA